AUGGGACUUAAGAGAAAGCCCCCGACCAGCUUACUCGACCUCCUCGAGGGUCAACCGGGGAAGGGUGCGCAGGGAACACCACAGUCCAGUGUUCCAUCUCCACCACCUCAGCCCCAAACCAUCCAGACUAGGUCAUCCUCCACCAAGUCGCAGCCACAAUCUCCCCGCCCCAAACUUCCUGCUCCUCCUCAAUCAGCUCUGCCUCCUCGGCCGGAGCCCACUGACUCAAAGAGAAAGAGGAGUCCCAAGGGGAAGGAACCCAUGGACGGGGGAAAAUCCCAAUCCUCUCAGGAGAGGGAUGAAUCCUUGCGAGUUCAGAAACAGUUAAAGAUUGGGCACCAGAGCAAAGGGAAAGGGACCGAGGCCCAAUCCGCCCAAGGCAAGGGGAAAGGGACCGAAGCCCAAUCCGCGCCGAGUGCUUGGCUUCCCGCCCCCAUGCUCCACGGGGGGCCAUUGCUGGAAACCGCAUCCAUGAGGGACCUUAGAGAUGGCGAGGGCGGUUAUGUGGCCGACGCGCUAGGGAGAACCAUGCUGCUUCCCACAGAUGUGGAUGAGUUGAAGAACAUGAGGAUGCAGGAGAUUUUCCUCAGUACGAAGAGGUACUUGGGUAUGAGUAAGGCCGCCGAGAAUGAACGCACCAAACGCAUAGACGCCGCGUGGACCCUCAAAGCUUUCGAGGACGACCUCGCAAAGGCUAAGGAGGCCUUAAAGGAGGCUAUUCGAGAGAGGGAUAGCGCCUCGGCGGGUUUAAAUGGCGCCCAAAAACAAGCCGAGGAACAGACAAAACGUCUACUCGAAGCCGAGGAUCAGUUGCAAAUAGCCAAGGAACAGAUCAGUGAUUUGAAGAAAAGACUGAUCAUGGCAGAGAAUGCUAAAGGCGUGGCGGAGUAUGCCCGGGACGAAGCCGUGAGGGCCAAGCAGGAGGUUAAGUUUGCCAGAAACGAGGCCGAAGCUGCUAGGGACAAAGCCGAGGAGGAGGGUUACGAGACAGGGGUGGCUGAAACCCAGGCCUCCCUUAAAGCUCAAAUUCCUGGAGUAUGUAGACUGAUGAUGUCACAAAUAAUCCAAGUCCAUAACUCGUCCAUAUGUCUCGUCCAACGACAGAAACAACAAUAG